UAAAAAAGAGUUCAACGCAGGUUUAUGUAUCUGUCCCUUGCUCCCUGAUCACAUCCGGUACUGAUGUCCUCCAUCACCGUUGACCAAACACGAGCAGAGAACAUGGCAGAGCAACCGUUACAAGAAAUUUCCACGGAGGCGCCACCUCCAGCUCCCCCUCCACCACCACCACCGCCGUCCCCAGGUGUGGUGCCAAUCCAACUAAAGGACUGCAUUAAAGAUCUGCUGAAGUUCACACUGACUUCCUCUGUAAAUGGAGAACUUGACUUGGGCCUCUCUAAAGAUUACUGCUCUCAACUUCUCCAACGGGAUGAUCAUCCCUCCACUCCUUCCUCCUCCUUCCCCUUAUCAUCAUCUACCGGGGUUCCAUCAUAUCCUUUAUAUAAGCACCUAGCAGCAUGCUUGUAUCACUCUAUAUCUUGUGGAGGAUUGUUUCGGAUUUCUGACAAACUUGAUUUCGUUCAUCAUGAAGAUAAUCCCUUGAAGCUGAAAGAAGAGGAGUGGACUAAGUUAAUCAAUGAAAAGGGUUCUCAGUUGCUGAAUAUGUUGGCAACUGUGGAUUUUGAACUCCACGUCCAGGAACCUUUCUUUUCUCAGCUGAAGGAUGCACGCAAGACGGUUGAAGGAAGGUGUGCAGUUGGGAACUACAACAGAAUUGUACCAGGAGCUUUCAUUCUCUUCAAUAAAAGUUUGCUUCUUCAAGUUCAGGAUGUCCAUAAAUAUAUUUCAUUCCAUGAGAUGUUGGAGGCAGAAAGUCUUCAAAGAGUUCUCCCUGGAGUAAAAAACAUCGAAGAAGGAGUGCAAGUCUACAGGAACUUCUACUCAGAAGAGAAAGAAAGGUCAAAUGGUGUCCUUGCCAUUUGUGUAACAAAACCAACAUCUCAGCUGUACAGUUGUAUGGCCGCUAUACUCUUGGGAUUAAGUUAUGGUGGUAUCAGAGUGAUGUUGAAUAUGGUGCAUACUGUGGGAACCGUUUCGGAGAGGCUUCCUCCACCGACAUCAACUCUUAUCUCAUCAUUUUUAACACCACAUAAUCCACAUGUUAAAGGAUCUAGGCUGACUAAUGGAGCUCGGGCCUUGGCAAAGCAUGUCAACAGGAGCAGUGACAAGUAUUGGGGUAGCUUCUGUGGAAGUGAUUCUAAUAAAAAUAGGCUCGCAUUGGAUGUCAUCAGACGGUUAAUAGCUAAUUGCUGCUGGUUGAAUAUGCAUAGAGUUCCACCGCAUGGUGUUGUGUUUGAAAUAAGGGUAGCUGAUGGUUAUGGUGCACGGUGGUUCGCAGAUGGACACAAGUUCAUCGGAUUUCUUGAGCCAUAUAUGGUUGAUGGUCACUCAAAGGGGUGGAAGCACUAAAUUUUCAUUCUUUUGAAGGGGUAGAUUGCUCUUCUUAUUUUAAAGUGAUGUUUCUGUUCUUUCUGAGAGCUAUACUUAUUUAGCAGUAGUGCUCCUCUUAUUUCGUCAGAAUAUUUGAAGUAAUGAUUUUGCUUCAUCAUGCUAAGAUGCCUUUUUUAAAGUCUGCCUGAGAACUUUUUGAAUAGCAGAUCAUUGUAGCAGUUGUAGUAGUAGAGACUGGCACAGUCAAAAUUACCUUCAUGAUGAUACAACUUCAUACUAGCCAUUGUUAUCCAAGUUUUGUUAGGGGUAGCAAUGUGUUUGUGCUACUUAAAAAUGCUAUUAGUUACCUAAGUUUUGCCAGGGGUGGCAAUGUGUUAGUGCGACUAGGAAAAUGCCAUCUGGAUCUGCUUCUCCCUUUCUCAUUUCUGCUUCCCUUUCCUUUAGAUGUAUUAAUUUUUACAUUGUCAU